GCCGCCUUGCCCAGCCCCUGAGGGCCCCAGCCCAGUACAGGGUAGGGAGAAUUCGGCCAGCUCCCCAGGGGGGCUGAGGGGCCUGCUGGGGUCUGGAGGGCCUCCUUGUGGUCCCCAUCCCACAUACUCUGAGGGGCUGGGACCCAGGCACCUGUCACCCCUGGCACUGACUGUCCAGGGUUCCCCUCCUCCCUCUUCUGGCCACUGCCACCUCCGUCCCCUCCCCUCCCUUCUUCCUUCUCCUGGCCUCACCUCCAGUGGCCUCUCCCAUUGCUCCUCCUCAUCUCUGUCCUCCUGGACUGUCCCAGCUCCUACCUUUCCUACCCUCACCUUUUCCUCUUUUAGGACUGAGUAAGGACAGGAGCGGGUGGGUUCUGGGGCUUCAGGCACCACAGGCAGAGACUCUGGGCCCUCUCCCACGCUGCCAGCCCUCCGGUAACCCCUCCCUCCAAGCUGGGGGGAGGGGGGACAGCACCCAGAGGGUUAAGGCUGUAGGGGGGAGGGGCUGGGCCAGGUCGUGGGCGGCCCCUUUGAAGGAGGGAGCUGGAGCGGGGAACAGCCACCCAACCUCCCCCCCAGCCUGGCCCUCCCCCACCUGUCCCAACCUGCUGCCCCCAGGGGUCAGGAGGAGUUGCUGCCAGGCCCCUCAGCCUUCAGGAGCCCCAGAACCAGGAUUGGGGGAUUUGGAGCUGGGGAGAGACUUAACCCCCACAGCACCGGGAAGCAGCCAACUCCCCUCGCCUCCUUCCCCCUUCGUGGCUUGCGGUCUCUCUUCCCCGCCUCGGCCCCCAGGAAGUCAGGAAGAUGGUACAACCUGGUCCUCAUCCUCCCUCACCCCAUGCUGCUGCUCCUGGAGAAGCCUGGCCAGGCCUCUCUCAGGCUCCCUCGCAGAGCCUAGAGGAGAAGAUGGGGAGCCCCGAGGAUGACCUGAUUGGGAUUCCAUUCCCGGACCACAGCAGUGAACUCCUGAGCUGCCUCAAUGAGCAGCGCCAGCUGGGCCACCUAUGUGACCUCACCAUCCGGACCCAGGGCCUUGAAUACCGCACCCACAGGGCUGUGUUAGCUGCCUGUAGCCACUACUUCAAGAAGCUGUUCACUGAGGGUGGUGGCGGAGCCGUCAUGGGAGCUGGGGGCGGCGGGACAGCUGCUGGGGGAGCAGGGGCCGGCGUGUGUGAGCUAGACUUUGUAGGGCCAGAGGCACUAGGCGCCCUCCUUGAAUUUGCCUAUACAGCCACUCUGACCACCAGCAGCGCCAACAUGCCAGCUGUUCUCCAGGCUGCCCGGCUGCUGGAGAUCCCGUGUGUCAUCGCUGCCUGCAUGGAGAUUCUGCAGGUUAGUGGGCUGGAAGCUCCCAGCCCGGACGAGGAUGACUGUGAGAGAGCCCGCCAGUAUCUGGAGGCCUUUGCCACAGCCACGGCCUCUGGAGUUCCCAAUGGUGAAGACAGCCCUCCACAGGUGCCCCUCCCACCACCUCCACCACCGCCACCUCGGCCUGUUGCCCGCCGCAGCCGCAAGCCCCGGAAAGCUUUCCUGCAAACCAAGGGGGCCAGAGCAAACCACCUAGUCCCCGAGGUGCCCGCAGUGCCCGCCCAUCCCUUGACCUAUGAGGAGGAAGAGGUGGCAGGCAGAGUGGGCAGCAGUGGGGGCAGUGGGCUGGGGGACAGUUACAGCCCUCCCACAGGAACCGCCUCCCCUCCUGAGGGCUCCCAGAGCUACGAGGCCUAUGAGGGUGAGGAAGAAGAAGAGGAGCUGGUAUAUCCCCCGGCCUAUGGGCUGGCGCAGGGGGGCGGGCCCCCGCUGUCCCCAGAGGAGCUGGGCUCAGACGAGGAUGCCAUCGAUCCUGACCUGAUGGCCUACCUAAGCUCCCUGCACCAGGACAACCUGGCACCAGGCCUGGACAGCCAAGACAAGCUGGUGCGCAAACGCCGCUCCCAGAUGCCUCAGGAGUGCCCUGUCUGCCACAAGAUCAUCCACGGGGCGGGUAAACUGCCUCGCCACAUGAGGACCCACACAGGCGAGAAGCCCUUUGCCUGCGAGGUCUGCGGCGUUCGAUUCACCCGGAACGACAAGCUGAAGAUCCACAUGCGGAAGCACACGGGAGAGCGCCCCUACUCCUGCCCGCACUGCCCAGCCCGCUUCCUGCACAGCUACGACCUCAAGAACCACAUGCACCUGCACACGGGGGACCGGCCGUAUGAGUGCCACCUGUGCCACAAGGCUUUCGCCAAGGAGGACCACCUGCAGCGCCACCUCAAGGGCCAGAACUGCCUGGAAGUGCGCACCCGGCGGCGCCGCAAGGACGAUGCACCACCCCACUACCCGCCACCCUCUACCGCCGCUGCGUCCCCCGCAGGCCUCGACCUCUCCAAUGGCCACCUGGACACCUUCCGCCUCUCUCUAGCUCGAUUCUGGGAGCAGUCAGCCCCCACUGGGCCCCCAGUCUCUACCCCGGGGCCCCCUGAUGACGAUGAGGAGGAGGGGGCACCCACCACACCGCAGGCUGAAGGUGCUAUGGAGUCCUCUUAAAGAGGGACGAGUGGCCAGGCUGAAGCAGCACAAGGCCGGGGACACCCAUGCCAAGCAGUGGGAGCACGCAGGACAGACAGAGCAAGGGGUCUGGGGCACGGAGCCUUGCUGGCAUCAGCAUCAGCCCUUCCUCCCAGAACCCUCAUUCCAAUUCCAAGCUGAGAAGGUAUUGGGGCAGAGGCUCCCCAAAUUGGGGUGAUCCCCCAAGGAGUGAUACAUAUAUUGUGUAUAUAUUUACAGCUCUAUUGUAAAAGUGGGGUCCCUGUCCCCAGCUGCUCCUGGGGAGUAGAAGCAAUAA